AUGUGUGAAUUUCCAGUUGAAUCACUUCAUGCCGCUCAUUAUCGUUAUCAUCGAUCAUGGAACAUCAAGUUUGGAGGACUGACUGUUGGCAGUAAUGAGAAGGGAGUGGUGAAGCUUGGGUCUGGUCUGUGUGUGACAAACUUCGAUCUGUCGAAACCGACUGCUGAUGAGUUGUCUGCGAAGAAGGGAACUCGACAGGUGGACAUUGCCUGCAAACGUCCUGAUCUGAAGAAGGUUGAGAAGAAGAUUCAAAGUUUGAAGAAGGACAUCAAGGAGGCGAAGGAUGCGAAGUCGAAGAAGGAUUAGAUGUUCUGUGUUGAGGGAGAUUCAGUAUUUCUCUGGUUGGACAACUGAAGCGAACGCGAUUGACA